UCUAAUUGAACUAAUCCUGCCACUACUAAUGAAAGAAAUUAUGGACCCAGACAGCAAUGCUCCUAUUGGGAUAAAGUUUCAUUUUGUCGAUAUCUAUCUGGAUGAACUGGCAAAAGUUGGAGCAAAGGAGCUUACAGCAGACCAGAAUCUCAAGUUCAUUGAACCUUUCUGCAAAAUUGCUGCCAAAUCAAAGGAUCGACGUGUGCUGCAUGCUGUGGCCACUGGUAUCUUUGAGUUAAUUGUGGAUCAGUCUCCCUAUGCCAUUGAGGACCUAAUGGCAGAACUGGGUAACAACAGUGAUGAAGAGGAUGGGUCUGAAGAAGACAAACAGAAAAAUAAAGAAGUGCUUAAAACCAAAGCAGACAGAUGCUUGUCAAGAAAAUCAGCACACAGCUCUGAAAAAACAGAGGAUGUUAAUGAAAAUGCUGAUGACGGUAUCGGGACUGUUCUUCAGUUUGAUUAUAAGGCUGUUGCCGACAAACUCUUUCAAUUUGCAAGCAAGCAAAACACACCUUCCUUCAACAGAAAGCGUCUGUACAAGCUGGUCAAAAAGUUCCAGGACUUAGCAGAAGGAAUCUUCCCCAAUGAUCUUCCGGAAGAUGUUUCUACAGAUGAUGAUGAUGAUGAUGAUGAAUUUAGCAGGAGAAGGAGAAAGAAAAAAGCUGUCAAGCCUUGGGAGAAAAACACUUUGGAAAAAGUAAAAGGUAAGGCAAAAGACGAGGAAGACCUGUCAAAUGUGACAGAGGCAUCAGCUCGCCAGAAGACAAGGAAAAAAAGAAAGAAGAGGGACAGCCAAAGUGGUGAUCCUGGAACAGCUGAUGGAAAUUGUGAGAAGGGAAUAGCUGCAACAUCUGUAUCUAAUGUUUUUAGCCAGGGAGAGGUGCCAGAAAAUAACAAGGAAAGAAAGAAAAAGAAAUUGCUAGUAAAUGAGACCACAAAUGUCGCAACUGACACCAGAGAAAAUAACAGUAUCUCUAUGCAGAACAGUCCAACUGACACACAGCAAAGUAAAAAGAGUCAGCUGAAGAAAAUUAAGCCAAAAGUGCAAAAUAUUCCUGUAAAAUCAGCAUGUCAGUAUGGACCAGCUAAUGCCAGUGAGGCACAGGAUGUCAGCCAGUCUGUCACACCUUUAACUCCUACCGUUGUGAAAAAGAGAAAGAAAGCAGGGGCUGUCUUGGUGAGUGGGGAUACCCUUUUGCAUCAAGCUGACAUGAAAUCCAACAAGGAGGGCUUGCUGGGGACACUGUCAGGAGAAGCAAAUUCUGGAUCUGUGCCCACAAGAAGGGUCAAAUUGAAGACAAAGACAAAGAUGGUUGGUUUGGAAGGGAUGAAAGUCUCCAGCCAGAAAGCAGCAACCUUGAAAAAGAAGAGGAAAGUAAAAGAGGUACUAAACUCUGUUGAAGCCAAAGGAAUUCUGGAGACUGCGUGCAAGAAAAGCAGGAAGGUGGAAAGCAGUGCUGCUCUAGCAUCAUUAAAGAAAAAGAAAGCAAAACCGGGAAGUGAUUUUGUAAAAUUUGAAAAAUCAACUUUACCAAAGUCAGUAUUCCUCAGGAAAGCCAGGAGCGCCAUCUCUUCUUCCAGGGCAUCCAUGCAGCUGAAUAAGCUGCAGUCGUCCAGCUCCAAAAAAGUCACAUUUGGCUUGAAUAAAAACAUGACUGCUGAAUUUAAAAAGAAUGACAAAAGUAUAUUAGUGAGCCCAGAAGGACCCUCCCGUGUGGCUUUCAACCCUGAACAGAAGCCCCGUCAUGGUGUGCUGAAGUCAGCCACAGGUACCCCAAAAGGAGAGCCUCAAGUGAAGAAAUCAUUCUCUGUAUCAGCUAAGAAAAGACCAACUGCUAUGGACUUCUUUUAA